AUGACUAAAGCCAGUCAAACACCCUCUAAAGCUAAAUCAUCAACCAAGGCUGAAGCAAAACCCAAAAUCUUGAAGCCCAAAUUGAAGAAAAAUGACAAGCGUUCAAGAGAACCCACACCCACACCCAUACCUAUUCUUUCUCCUUCGAUAUCCUCUACCAUACCUACCUCAUCCUCCAUUGUUCCAACUGCUCAUGUUCCUAUUAUUCCCAUCUCCACUGUAUCCCCUCAUUCAAAAAAAACUACCCAUGCACCCGAGCUUCCUACAAAAAAUACCUCUAAGUCAGCAAAGAUCAAAGCAACUUCAAGAAAAUUUGUCAAGAAAGUGCCUGAGGCUGCUACACAGGAUGUUGCACCCCUAGAUACUCUUCCAUAUAUGAGUGAGAAGUCACCAGUGGAGAAAUUCACGGUAGAAGAGCAUACAUGGAUCCGGGUAAGGAGUUGGAUUGAGGAUGAGGAAGAUAAUGAAGGUGAAAAAGAAGAAGAAGAAGCUGUGAACGAAGAAGAAGAUCAGAGUGAAGAAGAAGAAGUUUCUAAAAGUGAGGGUGAUGAUCAAGAAAAGGUAAGUGAGAGUGAAGAAGGUGACGACGAGAGUGAGAAAGAAAAGAGGAAUGUGAGUGAGGAAUCUGAAGGUUCCAGGACAUUUGAAAAUACUAUCAUAGCCCCUUCAAAAGAAAUUGGUGAAUAG